AUGCGGUUUCUCGACGUAGAGACCGAGAACACCACGCUGAGCGAUGUCCUCACCGCGCCCAUCUUCACCCAGGCCGUCCAGCGCCACGUCCUCGCUGAGCACGACAGGACGGGCAGGUCCGACAAGAGCAAGCCCUUUGCGCAGUAUGGUCUCCUGGCGGGUGACGCGAGCGGUAAAGCGUCUGAUCCGCGUCUCUUCUUCAACGUGGCGGCGCCAUCGAGCACGUUCAUCUGCGGCUCCCAGGGCUCAGGCAAGUCGCACUCGCUCAGCUGCCUGCUUGAGAACUGCCUGCUGCAGAACGAGGCAUUGUUUUUUCAUUACGACACGUUUGUGUCUGACUCGGGCGGCUCCCUCUGCGAGGCGGCCUUUCUCAGCUCUCACCGUGGUGUCGAUGUUAGGGUGCUGUGUGCCCCGACUAACGUGACGCAUAUCAAGAGAAUCUACGCUAAGCUGCCCAACGUCACCAUUGAAGUCCUCCGCAUCAACCAGGAGCACCUCAACACGAAGCGCAUGCUGGACCUCAUGGCCGUCUCAUCCGUCCAGGGCACGCUGCCGCUCUACCUGCACGUGGUGAUCCGCAUCCUGCGCGAUCUUCGCGUGGCGCAGCAGCAAAAGGGCAGCGGCUUCAACUACGCCAAGUUCAAGAGGGACCUCGACGAGCAGUCGCUCACGGAGGCGCAGCUGGCGCCACUCAAGCAGCGCCUCGACACGCUCGAGAGCUUCAUGGUGUCCGACCAGGCCAGGGCGUACGAGAUGGCGCUGGGUCUGCACGCGUCCCGGAAUCACAACAGCAAGACUGUCGUCGACCCGCAACAUGGCAACUCAUGGGCACCCAAGGCCGGGCAGCUGUCCAUGGUCGACCUAAGCUGCCCUUGCGUCACGGCCGAGAUAGCCUGCUCGCUGUUUGGCAUUUGCCUUAGUCUCUUUCUCGAGCAGGACACGCAGGUCGGCCGCGUCGUCGCGCUGGACGAGGCGCACAAGUACAUGACCGACUCGUCCGAGUGCCAGGCUUUGACGGAGAAUCUCCUGAGCACGAUCCGUCUGCAGCGCCACAUUGCCACGCGCGUCAUCAUCUCCACGCAGGAGCCGACCAUUUCGCCGGGUCUGCUGGACCUGUGCAGCGUCACGAUUGUGCAUCGCUUCACGAGUCCGGACUGGAUGCGGGCCCUGCAGAAGCAUCUUGCCGGUGCCUCGAGCUGGCUGGACCCGAACGUAGACGAUGAAGAGGGGAUGAAGAAAGGUAGCAGGACGGAAACGGGGAUUCGUCCGCUGGCGCUGAAGAAAGACGACGUCGCGGGGGAUCUCUUCUCCCAGGUUGUCCGCCUACGCACGGGCGAGGCACUGCUCUUCGCGCCAAGCGCUGUUAUUGACAUGCAGACGGCGGAUGACGGGACGGCCGCAGCAGACUCGGGGGAGGACUCGACCUACGACUCGGGCGUCAACGCCAAGGAGGGCGGGGGCACGUUGACGACGCCCGUCUUCGCCUUUGGCCGGUCGUACGGCGCGCCCAAGGAGGAGGCGCCUAAGGAGGAGGCGCCUAAGGAGGAGGCGCCUAAGGAGGAGGCGCCUAAGGAGGAGGCGCCUAGGGAGGAGGCGCCUAAGGAGGAGGCGCCUAAGGAGGAGGCGCCUAAGGAGGAGGCGCCUAGCGAGAACAGAGUGGUGCACCUGGGCAAUGGCGUGCUCAAGAUCCGUAUCCGGAAGAGGGUCACGACGGACGGCGGGCGCAGCAUCAUGGCUGGGUAA